AUGAGUGCAGCGAUUUAUGAAAAUGAAGAAGUUAAAGAAGAUUCCAGAGACAGUGAGAACUUAUAUGAAGGUGUUUAUGCAAAUCAAGAUAAUUUGGAGAACCAGAUGCCCGGAAGAUUUAAGCAAGCUGAGAGUUCAGGUGGAGAAACUACAUGGAGAAUAUGUUACAGAGUGACUACAGUGUGUCUGGCACUGGUGUGUGUUCUCCUCCUGACGGCCAUCACAGUGGUGUGGAUUAAAUACAACAACCUGAAUACAGAAUACAGCCAUCUACAGACCAGUAACAACAACCUGAUGAUAGAGAGAGACCAGUUACAGACCAGUUACAACAAACCGACUAUAGAGAGAGACCGGUUACAGACCAGUUACAACAACCUGAUGAUAGAGAGAGACCAGUUACAGACCAGUUACAAUAACCUGAGGAUAGAGGGAGACCAGUUACAGACCAGUUACAACAACCUGACUAUAGAGAGAGACCAGUUACAGACCAGUUACAACAACCUGACUAUAGAGAGAGACCAGUUACAGACCAGUUACAACAACCUGACUAUAGAAAGAGACCAGUUACAGACCAGUUACAACAACCUGACUAUAGAGAGAGACCAGUUACAGACCAGUAACAAAAACUUAACCACAGAAAGAGACCAGUUACAGAAGGAAAAAAAGGAAGUCCAGAAGCUUUUUAAAGCAGGAUGGAUUUAUUUCAGCUCCAGUAUUUACUACAUCUUUACUGAGCAGACGAACUGGGAUACGAGCAGACAGAACUGCAGAGACAGAGGAGCAGACCUGGUGAUCAUAAACAGCAGAGAGGAACAGGAGUUUAUCAAAAAGCAGCUGAGCAGCAGAAAAUCUUGGAUUGGUCUGAGUGACGGAGACACAGAGGGCGAGUGGAAGUGGGUGGACAAUACACGACUGAGCACUAAGUUUUGGGCAAGUGGAGAACCCAACGGAGCUAAAAAUGAGAACUGUGUUGUAACUGGUCAUAAGACUGAUCCUGUGUUGGACUGGGCUGAUUAUCCCUGUAAUGAUAAGUUUGUUUGGAUCUGUGAGAAGACAAUCUGUAACUAA